AUGUCUACUUCCGAAUCCCCAGAACCUACCACUUCUUCAGCCGAGUCUGCUACUGAACCUCAGAUCACUAUCAACAUCAAAGCUCCCUCCGAUUCGAAGUUGUCGCUGUCGAUCAGCUUGUCAAAAACCGUCUGGGAUCUCAAGAAGCUUAUCUCCGAAAGCACCAAUCCAACGGUCGAAGCCGAAAAUCAGAGGCUAAUUUACUCAGGUCGAGUCCUCAAGGAUGAAAGCUUGCUGUCUGAAUACAAGAUCCAAUCAGGCCACUCAAUACAUAUGGUCAAAGGCGCGCCUCGACCUUCAAACCCAACACCAGCCACACAGCAGAUCCCCUCGAACUUGAACGCCGGACAACAGAUCGCCGGCAACCCGUUGGCUCCUUUGCUCAAUGCUACCAACCAAAUUCCUGGCUUCAACCCGUUCGCCGACCUCGGGAUCAAUACCAAUGAUCCCAAUAUGGCAAUGAACAUGAUGAACAAUCCUCAAGUGUUACAAAGUGCCGCUAGACUGUUGGAAGACCCUGCGAUAGUCGAGCAGAUGAUUGCCAGUGAUCCUCGACUUCAAUCCAUGGGGCCUCAAGUGCGAGAGAUGCUGCGAUCGCCGAUGUUUCGACAGAUGCUAACGAACCCUGAUCUGAUGCGAGGCAUGCAUGGAGCGAUGCGAGGGUCGGGAGGAGCAAGCCCGUUUGGGGAUAUGAACCUCGCUGGGGCGGGUGGUGCGACGGACCCGAUCGCGGCCGCACUGGGUGCACACGCGACGACCCCGGGAGCCACUGCCGGCGCUCCCCCCGCCAAUCCGGCUGCGGGACUGGGAGGAAUGGACCCACUGGCGUUGAUGAAUAGUCCGUUGGGACAGAUGAUGCAACAGGGAAUGGGAUUCCCUAUGGCCGCUCCUCCACCUGCCGAUCCACGACCCCCUGAAGAACGGUUCGAGGUCCAGCUCGGACAACUGCAAGGCAUGGGAUUCACCGAUGCUAGACAGAACGUGAGGGCUCUAUUGGCUAGUGGAGGAAGUGUCGAAGCAGCAAUUGAAUACAUCCUAAGCGGUAAUUAG